UCACGUGGCUGGCUAGUAGCAAUUGGAGUGAUUCUCCACGCGUGGCUUUGUCGCAUUAUUACAAAAUAUGGCAGGGUAGACCUGCCCAGCCCUCGCUGCUGGUGUUCCUUUGUGUUCAUGCCGCCUUACGGAGAUGAGAUGAGGCCAAACUGUUCCAGCAGCUCAGCCUGCCCUGCCAACAGCUCAGAGGAAGAGCUGCCCGUGGGACUGGAGGCACCUAGGAACCUGGAGCUCGUUUUCACCGUGGUGUCGGCUGUGAUGAUGGGCUUGCUCAUGUUCUCUUUUGGAUGCUCUGUGGAGAUCCGGAAGUUCUGGGCACACAUCAGGAGACCCUGGGGUAUCGCAGUGGGCCUUCUCUGCCAGUUUGGACUCAUGCCUCUGACAGCCUAUCUGCUAGCCAUUAGCUUCUCUUUGAAGACAAUCCAGGCCGUUGCUGUCCUCAUCAUGGGGUGCUGCCCUGGGGGAACCAUCUCUAACGUUUUCACCUUCUGGGUUGAUGGAGAUAUGGACCUCAGCAUCAGUAUGACCACCUGUUCCACAGUGGCUGCCCUGGGAAUGAUGCCCCUCUGCCUUUACCUCUACACCUGGUCCUGGAAUCUUACGCAGAAUCUCACCAUUCCAUAUCAGAACAUAGGAAUUACUCUUGUGUGCCUGACCAUUCCUGUGGCCUUUGGUGUCUACGUGAACUAUAGGUGGCCAAAGCAAUCAAAAGUCAUCCUCAAGAUUGGAGCCAUUGUUGGGGGCUUCCUCCUCCUGGUGGUCACAGUUGCUGGUGUGGUAUUGGCCAAGGGGUCAUGGAACUCAGACCCCACCAUUCUAAUUGUCAGUUUCAUCUUUCCUUUGGUUGGCCAUGUUGCGGGCUUUCUGUUGGCAUUCCUUACCCAACAAUCUUGGCAAAGGUGCAGGACAAUCUCCUUAGAAACGGGUGCUCAAAACAUUCAGAUGUGCAUCGCCAUGCUGCAGCUGUCAUUCACGGGCGAGCACUUGCUCCAGAUGUUCAACUUCCCACUGGCCUACGGAUUCUUUCAGCUCCUGGAUGGAUUGCUCAUUGUUGCAGCGUAUCAGGUAUACAAGAGGAGAGCGAGGAACAAACUCAGGAUGGGGCGCCCGGGCUGUGCGGGAGUCCGCCACGACGGGACACUCAGAGGGGUCAACGCUGUCUUGGAGGGGACCGAAGAGACUUCUGCGACCCCAGACUCACUGGAGCCUGAGGGUCUCCGCGCAGCUCUCAAGCCAGUCGGCCACAUCCCUUCAUGUGAAUAGUGGGGACUUGCCAGCCCCAGUCUGGGCCCCCAGCUUCCUCAGCGCCCCCCCCCCCCGCACACCCCUAAAGAAGGCGCAGAGCGGAUGCCAGGCUGACGCUGG